GGGGACACCCAUCAACUGACCCAGGGUCAGCACGUACCGAUAUCUCCUUAACAAUGCGCGUUCAAAUUAUGAACAUCAGUGGUCCUAAAUCAGAUGUUGAUAGUGGAUUGUCUGGACUUUAUUUCUGAUUUGUUUACAACUCCAGUGGACAUUUUGACGGGAGGGCGAACUGCGUUGAGCCGAACGACAAGACAAAUUGAUCGGUUUAGUUCGUAUUAUCUGUAUUCAGCGGUCAAACGACUGCUCAUAUGUACAACUGGGAAUGGUGUACAUCUAUUUAUAUAUCUUGAAGAUACAACUCUCAACAUAACUUUGACACACGGAGCAACAGAAUUUAUUAGCGCAAGGUUGAAUUGGGAAGGCUGUGACCGUACCUCGGCGAACACGAAUCUUUACUGGGAGUCUUUACGGUCUUUAUGGUGAGUUUACUGGUUUUAUAGUAACCCGGUGAUGCAGUAGAACUCACCGCGCAGCCGCGCGUUCCGAGCCCACCGCCUCACGAGGAGCCGCGCGCCGCAACACGGGGGAAGAUGGCGCUGGCCGAAUGGAAAUCCUAAUGACUGUCUCAAAAUUCGCCUCUUUUUGUACCAUGGGCGCAAAUGCCUCUGCUCUGGAGAAAGAGAUUGGCUCUGAGCAGUUUCCCGUCAAUGAGCACUACUUCGGCCUCGUCAACUUCGGGAACACCUGCUACUGCAACUCUGUACUGCAGGCGCUGUACUUCUGCCGGCCGUUCCGGGAGAAGAUCCUGGCCUACCGCAGUCAGCCGCGGCGCAAGGAGAACCUGCUCACCUGCCUAGCGGACCUGUUCCAUAGCAUCACCAACCAGAAGAGGAAGGUGGGCGUCAUACCGCCCAAGAAGUUCAUCACCCGGCUCCGCAAGGAGAAUGAACUCUUUGAUAACUACAUGCAGCAGGAUGCUCAUGAGUUCCUGAACUACCUGCUCAACACCAUCGCUGACCUGCUGCAGGAGGAGCGCAGGCAGGAUAAGCCCAACGGCCGGCUGGCCAACGGCUCGCUGGACUCCCAGAACAACAACAGCAACGCCACGCCCGCGCCUACCUGGGUCCACGAGAUCUUUCAGGGCACACUGACCAAUGAGACACGCUGCCUCACCUGUGAAACGAUAAGCAGCAAGGAUGAGGACUUCCUGGACCUGUCUGUGGACGUGGAGCAGAACACCUCGAUCACUCACUGCCUCAGAGGCUUCAGUAAUACUGAGACGCUGUGCAGCGAGUACAAGUACUACUGCGAAGAGUGCAGAAGCAAACAAGAGGCACACAAAAGGAUGCGGGUGAAGAAGCUGCCCAUGAUCCUGGCUCUGCACCUGAAGCGCUUCAAGUACAUGGAGCAGCUGCAGCGCUACACCAAGCUGUCCUAUCGCGUCGUCUUCCCCCUGGAGCUCCGCCUCUUCAACACGUCCGGAGACGCCACCAACCCCGAGAGACUGUACGACCUGGUGGCCGUGGUGGUGCAUUGUGGGAGCGGUCCGAACCGCGGUCACUACAUCGCCAUCGUGAAGAGCCACGACUUCUGGCUUCUGUUUGACGAUGACAUCGUAGAGAAAAUCGACGCCCAGGCCAUAGAGGAGUUCUACGGACUCACCUCUGAGAUCUCCAAGAACUCUGAGUCGGGCUACAUCCUCUUCUACCAGUCCAGAGACUGAGGGGCGGUGCCGGGCCGGGAAGGCGGCCGCCACGGGGGGCAGGGGUCCGUUUAAUGAAUGAGAAGAUGGCUGUCGGCAUUGUUUUUUAUGAAACAAUAUUGGGUUCGGUAGGGGUUUGUAUAGUGGGUGGUUGGUGGGUUCAGUGGCCUGCGAUUCUUUAAUCAUUUUCUGGCAUGGGGUGUGGGAGGUGAACGGGUAUUUAAUGACUCAUAUGAUGUGUAAUGCCCCUCUAUUUCCUCCUGGCCCCUCCAAACUCCCCUCCCACUCUCACCUUUCAACACUGCAGUUCUGAGUUUGCGUUGAGGGGAUGAGGGUAGGUGGGGGGACGGAGGGAGGGGUGGGGAUUGGUGGGUGGUUUAUUUCUACAGUGUACAGAGGGGUAUUUGUAUAAAUAUUACGAAAAAGAUAAUAUCAUUGGAAAAAUAAUAAAAUAUUAGACCAUGAGAAGAUGUAUUGACACUAUGGUGCACUUUUGAUACCGUUUUGUAAGUGUUGGCAAGUUUAACGUGAGGGUUUGCCUGAAAGGCCCAUUGUAAAGCGACCAUUUUCUGUUUUAAAGGAAAAAAAUAAUAAAAGCUGAUGAGAUUCAA